CUGAUGAGCAGGGCUAACUCCUGGCCCAGUUCGUUUCAAUUAAAGAUUUGUAAGUAAAGUAAUGCUUGAGUCCUUUUCUUUCUUAGUAACCCAUUUCAGUUUCAUAAUUCUCAUUGUAAGGAAGUUCUUUAUCAAAUAUUAUGUCUCAGGUUUUAAAAAAAGAAGCUAGGCCCAAGUUCAUUUAGCCUGAACAAGACACAAUUCUACAUGGAAGGAGGAAGGUAAAUGGGAUGACUUCUGGUCAUCCCCUGAAGUCUAAUUCCAUGACCUUGUCAGCAGUGAAAUAUCAGGAGAACCUCCCCUCACCACCCUCUUCCUCUACUCUCCUCUUCCCUGCCCAAUACAGCACUUGUCAGGGAUAGGGAAUUUUAGAUGGAGAAUUUUAACCCCUUCCUGCUCAGAGCAUGUGUGGAUCCCCCUAUCUGUGCAGAUGGCAAGGCCCCGCCCCCCGUCCCUCACUCCAGCCUCUUGAGCUCAGAGCCAGUGUAAUCCUCCUCUUGUGUGAGGAAGCCUCUCCCCUGCAGAGAGGAGGAAAGCCUGCCUCGGAACAGCUCUGGACAAAGGGGCUGAGAUGCCCCGUCAAACCACAGCCUCCAAGGUUUGAAACGGGGUGAAACCUAAGUGGGAUCUGCAGUUUUUAACCCCUUCCCUAGGCUGGUAGUGCCCCUUAACUUCCACGCCUCCCCCAACUCUUCAUUCCCUCUGUAGCUUGGCUCUCCCUUCAUGCCCCUCCCCCUCUGCCUCCAGACUCUGCUGCUGGGAGGUGUUUCUCUCCCAUGCAUGAAUGAGUCUCUGUAAUGAAUGGAAAUGAAUGGAUCAGGAAUCCAGGAAGGGGGAGGGGGAGGAGGAAAGACCAGAAGACUGGUGCCGGCAAAGGCAAGGAGGAGGAACCUGGAGGGAUUUUGGCUGACUGGCCCCGGGUCUGAGAGGAGCUGGUCCCACUUGGAUAGCAGGAGUAUGGCUAGCCCUCCACAUUUGUUUAUCCCGUGGCACAGCCCAAUGCAAGUGGAAGAGGGGUAUACUAUGAUGGCCUCCCACAUUGUGUGUGUGUGUGUGUGUGUGUGUGUGUGUGUGUGUAUGGUGGUUCUGGACUAGGGGUUUAAAACAUCGUCUGGGGGAGGACUUCUGGGUGUGUCAUACAAAUUGGCAGAUGGAGGGGUGCAAGUUUUGAGGACAGCAGAUAGGAAGCAUGUGAUGCAUCAGGAUCCAAGCAGGAAGAAGGGACGGGUUUUAGGAGUACAGGCUGCAAGGUGGGGUGACUUUACUGCUGAAAGCCAGGGCUCAUCUCUCCUCCAAUCAAUCUGUCUUGUUUUAGCACCUCCGCACCUGUUGCCUUCAUUAGCAGCUUUUCCUUCUUCCUCCUUCCAAUCCUCAGAACCAAAGAAUGUGAAGGGGGUCCAUGGAGGGCUCACGUCCCCGCGUCUUGGUCGGCCACCUAGAGCCUUCCCCACCAGCCUUCGACGGCGAGCUGGAUCUGCAGCACUACUCCAACGGACCAGGUGUGAGCGCCGGGUCUCCUGGGAUGGGAGCAGUGGGCUGGACUGAGACUCGUGCAGGCGAACGGCGCUUCCCCUGUCCUGUGUGCGGAAAGCGCUUCCGAUUCAAUUCCAUCCUGGCUUUGCACCUGCGAGCCCACCCGGGUGCCCAAGCCUUCCAGUGUCCACAUUGUGGCCACCGCGCAGCGCAGCGGGCUCUGCUGCGCUCACAUCUCCGAACGCACCAGCCCGAGCGUCCACGAAGCCCUGCUGCACGGCUGUUGCUGGAGUUGGAGGAACGCGCCCUACUACGUGAAGCCCGACUGGGGAGAGCCAGAAGCUCAGGGGCCAUGCAGGCUACCCCUGCCGCAGAGGGCCUGGCGCGCCCUCAGGUUCCUUCCUCGUCUGCCUUCCCUUGCCCUUUCUGCAAAGGCAAGUUUCGCACCUCGGCGGAGCGGGAACGCCACCUGCAUAUCCUGCACAGGCCCUGGAAGUGCAGCUUGUGCAGUUUUGGCUCCAGCCAGGAGGAGGAGUUGCUGCACCACAGUCUGACGGCCCACGGGGCUCCCGAGCGCCCCCUGGCGGCCACUUCUACGCCCGAACCCCCGCCUCCACCUCAGCCCGAACCCAGAUCUGCCCUUGAGCCUGAGACUGAACCUGAACCUAGGCCAGAGCCUGAACGUGAGGCGAACCCGGCGCCGACUCCUGCACCUCCGGAGGAACCCCCUGCGCCACCUGAGUUCCGAUGCCAGGUGUGCGGCCAGAGCUUUACGCAGUCCUGGUUUCUCAAGGGUCACAUGCGCAAGCACAAGGCCUCCUUUGAUCAUGCGUGCCCCGUGUGUGGCCGCUGCUUCAAGGAGCCCUGGUUCCUUAAGAACCACAUGAAGGUGCACACCAGCAAGCUGGGUCCUUUGCGUACCCCGGGGCCUGGCUCUACGCCUGCCAGGGCCCCACAGCCUCCUGACCUGAGCCUCCUGGCUUAUGAGCCACUGGGCCCUGCGCUCCUCCUGGCGCCAGCACCCACCCCGGCUGAGCGCCGAGAGCCCCCGAGCCUCUUAGGCUACCUGAGUGUACGAGCUGGGGAGGUACGACCCAAUGGUGAGGGUGCCGACCCUGGAGCUGGCCGAAACUAUGGAGGAUUCCGCCCGCUGCCUUCAGCUCUUCCCAAUCGGGCUCGGCGACACCGCACAGAGGAACCAGAGGAGGAAGAAGAAGUGGCGGAGGCGGAAGAGGAGAGCUGGGCCCGGGGCAGGUCGCUGGGCACUCUGACUUCCCUGCACCCCCACCCAGGUGAGGGGUCAGGACAGUCUGCACCUGCCGUGGGGGCCCAGGCAAGAUCUACGGCCACCCAAGAAGAAAAUGGGCUGCUGGUUGGAGGGACCCGAAACGAAGCGGGCCGUGGGGCCACUGGCAAGGAUUGCCCCUUCUGUGGGAAAUCUUUCCGCUCUGCGCAUCACCUGAAAGUGCAUCUCCGCGUGCACACAGGUGAGCGUCCCUACAAGUGUCCACACUGCGACUAUGCAGGUACCCAGUCGGGCUCGCUCAAGUAUCACCUUCAGCGUCACCACCGAGAGCAGAGAAGCAGUGCAGGUCCUGGGCCUCCUCCAGAACCCCCGCCCCCUUCCCCGCGGGGCUCAGCCUCACUGCAGCAGCAGUCGGGAGCCAAGCCAACUCAGGCCUCUGCCACCUGGGUGGAGGGCACCGCAAGUACCCGGCCUCCGAGCAGCACCGGACCAGGGUCCCGUAGGAAGCCUGCCAGCCCUGGGAGGACCCUGCGCAACGGGAGAGGUGGUGAGGCUGAACCCCUGGACCUGUCCCUACGGGCAGGCCCGGGAGGUGAGGCCGGGUCAGGGGGUGCCCUUCACCGCUGCCUCUUCUGCCCCUUUGCCACUGGAGCCCCUGAGCUCAUGGCCUUGCAUCUGCAAGUACAUCACAGCCGUAGGGCUCGGGGCCGCCGGCAGCCCCGAGCUGACACGUCUCCGCCCUAUGUCCGAGCAGCGUCGGGAGAGACGCCUCCCAGCCCUCCCCUAGAAGAGGAGGGCAGUCCUGGGCUGUCUAGAUCUGGAGAGGCAGGUCUUGGGGGGCAAGAACGGUAGGAGGGAGCCCUCUUAGGAGUGAUUAGCUUAGUAAGCUUACCCCGCAGGAGCGGGGAAGUGCUAGAGGUAGUUGGGUAGAGCAGCCAGCAGGGAGCAGUGUGGGACCCGUAUCCCAGCCCAAGGUGGACCAAGAGGUAAAGUGGGCAGUGGGUGAAGGAGAGUGGGCCAGCUGUACCCACCCAGCCCAGGGGAGUCACAGUGCCUUAGAAGUGGCAGAGGGGAGGGUCAAAGAGCGGGGUCCUAGGGCUGGUAGAGGAUGUGUUCCUGGUGAGGAACCGCUCUGCCAGUUUCUGCUGGUCCAUAGGCAUGAGAGUUUAUUUUUGUAUAAGGGGUGGGGGUGGGGGGCACUGUACCCUUCUAGCCCUAUCAGGGGCCCUGUAGACGUUGCUAUUUUUGGUACGAUUCCUGUCAUCCCUGUUGAAGAGUCAUGUCCCCAAUAAACAGGUGUCUUGAGGCACAA